AUGGCAGCUCUCUUGACGCGGCCGCGGCUCGACCAAGGCGUCAUCGCCCAUGGCGCGACCGUGCGCUUCGUUGGCCUCGUGCGGGACAUUGGGCAGCCGCAGCUGCUACUGAAGGAUGGCGCCGAGACGUACGUCGAGACAACGCCGUACCGGUGCGAAGCCCUCCCAGCGCAAACGGCGUGGGCAUCUGCAACUGCAACGUCCGCUGCAACCGCCGAGGUAGCGCACCCAACGGCUGCCGCCAGCCGUGGUAGCCGCAAGACUAAGCGACGGGAGAACGAGGAGGAGGAGGAGUGUGUGGACGCUGCGAUGCCAGCGCCGGCGGUGCGCGUGUCCGAGCCCAUGGCGCUGCCGACGACGCUGGCGCCGACGCCGUUCCAGGUGAUUGUCCGCGCGUACGGCAGCACGCUAUGGAAAGUGAACCACGUGUACGAGUUUGUGGGCGAGCUCGACUUGACGCCGCAGGCGGCGCCCGAUGACAUGGACAUCGAAUGGAAAGACGCCGACAGCGCGACGGUGCAAGAGAAGGCGCGUGCCAUCGAGUUCAUUCCUACGCUGCACGCCACAGACGCCAGCGAGAUAUCCUUUGGUCAGGACGUCGGUUUCCGCGAGGACAUGGCCAACCCGACGGCGUGGGCCGCUGCCGAGUGGGCCCAGCGGCUGGGUCAGCCAACGUCCGUGGAGGAGAUGCGGGCGCAGCUUUUGGGGUACCUCGCUACGACAGCGGCGCACGGCGAUAUGGUCGUGGCCGAGUACCUCCUGCUCGUGCUCCUCUCGCGCGUCUACAACCGCUCGGACGUCUCGAUGCCGUUCGGGCACCUCUCGCUCAACGUGAUCUGGCCAUCCAUGAGCGCGACGGACUUUACCGGGCUCGAGCAGUCGUUGCAUGCGCUCGUGCCAUCGUGCUUGUCGUUGGACUUGUCGCUCGCCGCCUUGCACGACGCGCUCUACUUUCCUCAAAAGGAUUACGACAUCGAGUACCUCCACCCGGGGCUACUGCAGCUGCCGGACGGAAGCACGCUCGUCGUCAACGAGGCCAACUUGACCACGGGACAGCUCGAUGACAAGGGGACGCACAACAUGGCUGCGCUCAUGACGCUCGUCGAGCACCAAGCGCUGCCCUACGACUUUCGGUUCUACAAGAAAGAGUUCAACCAAGAUACCAAAGUCAUUUGUGUCUCGACCUCCAAGUCGAUCCUCCCGACAACGCUGUACGUCCCGCUGCAGCCAACGACGACGACAACGCGAGAUGGACCCUACUCGGACGCGCUGCUGCAGUGCUUUCGCAUCUACCUCGCCGUCUACCGCCACUUUAACACGGACCUGGGCAACGAAGGCGCGGCGCUGGCCGAGCAGUGGUACAUUGACCAGCGCCGAGCCGACGCGACUGUUGGGGCGGACGACUUGCACCGCUUGGUGCGCGUUGUGCGACUGCAUGCUGUGAGCGUCGGUCACGCCACCGUGACAAAAGACGACUGGGACUACGUCGUCGCCCGCCAUGCGCUCGUCAAGGCCCGCCUCCACGGCCUCUCGUAG